CAAUGUCCCAUUUCUGACAUUGCAAGUUUGCAGGGAGAGCAUGAUGCCGAGAUCGCCGUCGGUGGACGAGAAUGGCCUGAAAAAGGGGCCGUGGACGGCGGAGGAAGACCGGAAGCUGGUGGAUUAUAUUGAGAAACAUGGCCAUGGGAGCUGGAGAGCUCUUCCAAAGCUUGCUGGUCUGAAUAGGUGUGGCAAGAGCUGCAGACUUCGGUGGACCAACUAUCUUAGACCUGAUAUCAAAAGAGGAAACUUCUCUGAUGAAGAAGAGGAAAUUAUCAUCAACCUUCACGCAGCUCUUGGAAACAAAUGGUCGAUUAUAGCGAGCCAUCUUCCAGGACGAACGGAUAAUGAGAUAAAAAACUUUUGGAACACUCAUUUGAAGAAGAAGCUUCUCCAAAUGGGCAUUGAUCCUGUCACCCACAUGCCAAGAACUGAUCAUCAUCUAAACAUUCUCUCAAAUUUUCAUCACUUGCUUUCUCUUCCCUCAGCUCCAUGGGACAGUCCCUUUAGGCUACACUCAGAAGCCACUCAGCUUGCAAAAGUUCAUCUCCUCCAAAAUCUUCUCCAAAUUUUAAGCUCUCAUUCUUCUGAUCAUCUCUUCACUUCCAACAGCCUCUUCAGCGGACAACAAAUUCCAGACCCAAUUUAUAAUCUCCCCAUUGGAUCUUCUCUCCAAAGCUUCCAAAACCUAGAGUCCUCACAGCAGCAGCCACUGUCACGUGAUGACUACACCACAAGCUCGUUAGGGUUCGGAAACGAUAACGAUCGAGUAGAGACUUUUUACGACAUGAAUCAUAGUUCAGACUCACUCCCCAACUUGGUUUCAGUCUCUCCUGAGUGCUCGAAGAUACCGACCGCCAUCAAAGAUCACUGGGACGACUGUAUGGACGAUGAAUCUUCAUAUUCUUAUUGGAAACAUGUUGAAGAGUAAGUGUGGAGAAUGUAAACAAAAAAAUAUUUAGUUCAUCAUAAUCGUUCACUUAAAUUUUUAGGUUUAGUGGUAAUUAAUGCAUGGACGACCUUGUAGCAGUUCCUUGAUGAUGAUUCUCGUCGA